AUGUCUCUAUCUCGGUCUGUUCUUAUCUAUCUAUCUAUCUAUCUAUCUAUCUAUCUAUCUAUCUAUCUAUCUGUCUCUGUCCAUAUCUAUCUAUCUAUCUAUCUAUCUAUCUAUCUAUCUAUCUCAGUCUGUUCAUAUCUAUCUGUCUCUGUUCAUAUCUAUCUAUCUAUCUAUCUAUCUAUCUAUCUAUCUAUCUAUCUCAGUCUGUUCAUAUCUAUCUGUCUAUCUAAUUCUUCUGUUCAUAUCUAUCUGUCUCUGUUCAUAUCUAUCUAUCUAUCUAUCUAUCUAUCUAUCUAUCUAUCUAUCUUAGUCUGUUCAUAUCUAUCUGUCUCUGUUCAUAUCUAUCUAUCUAUCUAUCUAUCUAUCUAUCUCAGUCUGUUCAUAUCUGUCUCUGUUCAUAUCUGUCUCUGUUCAUAUCUAUCUAUCUAUCUAUCUAUCUAUCUAUCUAUCUAUCUAUCUAAUUCUGUUUCUAUCUAUCUAUCUAUCUAUCUAUCUAUCUAUCUAUCUAUCUAUCCUAGCGUCAUAUUUCAUGCCUGUUUUGUAAAUAUAAUUUCUUACUUUUUCUUUACGUUUUUCCUUUCUACCUCUUUUCAUUUUUCUUCUUCCUCUUUUUUUUAUAUUUCCUUUUGUUUCUUUCAGUUUCUUUUUUUCUUUAAAUCAGCCUCUCUCUUUUUUUUUUUUCAUUUUUUUUUAACUUUCAUCAACUUCCUUUAUUUCUUUCUUAUUUUCUCUCUGUUUCUUUAUCUUUUCUUUCUGGACUCCUUGGUGCACAGCAAUGGUUCUCAAAAGGUGCACCUGCGCCCAAUGGUAUGCUCUGAAAUGUACCCUAGCAUUCCAGAGAAAUAUAUGCCCAGAUAUAAUAAAUAA